AUGUCGUGGGAAGAAAGUCGAAGCUUGUCAAAAGAAGAAGAGGAAGCUCUAGAGAGAGAAGACAAGAAAUCAGGGACCGUUGGGGAGAGUCCGCCAAACCGGCCGCUUCUGAUAGGCGCAGUGCGGCCCUCCCGACCGAGCCUUUACAAACCCAGCGCCAAAGGUACAACCCACAUCCGCUCACAGCCUACAAUCUACUACUCUAUACCCUUCCCAUCACCACCAAGACUAACCCACCCAAUCUAUCCUAUCCAGACGGAAUCCGCCCGAUCCGCGCUAAGCUCCUUCACCUGCACCCUCUGCAACAAAUCCUACUCGCGCCACCCAGAAUACGAAGCCCACAUCUCCUCCUACGACCACCAACACCGCAAACGCCUUGCAGACCUAAAACAGCUCUCGCGGGAUCCCAACGCCGCCGAAAAGGCGCGGCGCGCGGAGCGCAAGGCAGACGCCGAAGCUGGACUCAAGGUCCUCGAUGCGCCGGUUAAUGCCCCGGUCAAGGGUGUGAAGAGUGGAGGGGGUGGAGGUGGUGGGGGGCCUGCGGCACCGGUGAGGAAGAAUGUUCUUGGGGAUGAGGAGGAGAAGGAAGAUAGUGGUGGUGGUGAGGCUGGACAGGGAAGUGGGAAAGAGUCUGGUGGUGUAGGUGUGGAUGGUCGGGGAGGGCGUGGGAAGGAGGUUCGUGUGGAUGCGGAGAGUGAUACUGAUGAGGAGUACUAUGCGAGAGAUCGGGAGGGUGGAGGGUAUUAUGAUCCUCGAAGGCCGACGGGGUGUCAUGCUGGAUGUGCUGGCAUGACACAGGUGAAGGCUGCCUCUUGA